AUGGACAAAGUUCAAGACAAGAUUCAAGGUGCAUGGAAGGGAUUCCACGGCGCAGGAGAGGCAAUUCGUGGCACAUUCAAUGAGAGCGUCGACAGGGCCGGUGACCAAGUAGCAGGCCGUCAAGCUGGCAGCGUUGAAAGCAAGUCAGAUAACCCGGGCACAUCGAAGCAGGGCUUAGAAGAGAUGAAGGAUGGUAUGGAUAAGCUCAACAGCAAAGGCAACACUGGUGGAUCACAGGAAGGCAGCGUGGAGCAGCCUAACUCCACCCAAAGCCAGCAAGUCCACAGCGUGCCACCAAAGUUACCAGAGAGACAAUAA